GACACAGCACACAGAACUUUGUUACAUGAAAUGAUUCAUGCCUAUAUAACAACACAGAACAUACAGGAUAAUGAUGAUCAUGGGGACGAAUUCUGCAAGCACAUGGAAAGGAUCAACCAACUAGGUCGUUGUAAUAUUUCAAUUCAUCAUGACUUCCGUGAUGAAGUAAAUGUGUACAGCGACCUCUGGUGGCGAUGUGAUGGGCCCUGUCAGGCAAAGGAACCAUUCCUUGGCUAUGAGGUAGCACCAACAAACCGCCAGGCACCAUCUGUGUCUUCCCUAAGAAAGUCUAAGCACGAUAAGACCUGUGGAGGACAGUACACCAAGGUGCCCAAACCAGAUUAUGGAUUCCUGAAAGGGAAAGUAAAGAAGAUCUCCUAAGGUCUGAGGUCUAAACAUCUACCAGACAGAUUUGGAUAAUUUGGCUAAACAUUCAUCUUUGUUUUCCAAGUACACCAAUUCAGCUGUCAUCUGGUGCAUUGGAAAAAAAUAAAUAUUAAAAAAAAAUAAA